CAACUUCCGUGUUUUACGAAUUUGAUAUUUUCAAAUUUGCAAAUAAUCUCCUGUUCAUUAAAGCCUUCAGUACCUUUGCUGAUUUUACACGAUCGAAUAUACUGGACUCUGUUAUUUGUAUGAAUAUAUAAGAAUGUCUAAUAAGUGGGAACACGGUUUGUUCAGCUGCUUCGAUGACCUCGGUAUCUGUAUCCUUGCCUACCUGGUCCCUUGCGUCAUCUUUAAACAGAACGCGGAAGAUAUGAAAGAAGGAGAGUGCUUAGUUGGUGGUUUCGUCUUGUUUUUUCCAAUCUUGGGCUGUUAUAAGGCGGUACGUAUUAGAGGCAAACUUAGAGAAGACAACCAAAUAGAGGGUUCAACGUGCUUGGACGUUCUUACCUUGUCAUUCUGUUUGCCUUGUGCUCUCACACAGGAGAUGAGAGAAAUCAAGGAUAAUCCGAAUAUUACGCCAAUAGCCAGAGAAUAGACAAAGGAAUCAGAUGUACAAUUACGUGAAGAUUUGAUGCUUGGUGAAUCCGUACUUUUUUUGGAUUCACCAAAAUGUUUUCUUAUGAGUAAAGAAGGACUCUAAAAAAUAAAUAAAAAAUAAAAAAAUAAAUAAAAAACUGCAAUAUUUUAUCUAUAAUGCAUAUUUAGUCAUAUGUUUUUCAUUUUCGUAGUAACCAUGCAAAAAUUAACUUUACUACCAGAGGCUCCAUAAAUGUUUAGGGAGGCCGAUGAUUCCAAAUAAAGUUCAUCACAAGUGUUA